AUGGAUGACCUGUCAAAAUUGCCAUAUUAUUAUGGAUGUAUAAGCAAACAAACUAGUGAACAUCUGUUAGUGAAGAAAGGAAGAAAUGGAAGCUUUUUGUUGAGGGACAGUGAAACUGUUGCUGGAGCCUUUUGUCUGUGCAUUUUGUUUGGAAGACUGAUCUAUACCUACAGGAUAUUCCAAAACAAGAAUGGAUUGUACUCAAUCCAGACUGCCAAAGGAGUUGAAGAACAUAGGUUUAAAGAUAUUAAAGAUCUUAUUACCAACUAUGAAAAACCAAAUCAAGGUCUGGCACACCGUCUUCUUUAUCCAGUAAAUAAACAAACAUCUCUGAAGCUUUCCUCGAAAUCCAAAAGCUUUGCAAAACAAUCAAAUGAAGUAGAAGAGACCUAUGCAGAAAUUGAUGAGCGGGAAUACGUGGAUGUUUUGCCUUCCUAGGUUAUGGAUUGCCGCAGUAGACAUAAAUGGCAGAAGAUCCAGCUUAAAGGAAUAUUAAUGUGUGAUGUAAAAAACACAAUUACUGCACUUGUUUUGAUGCAAUCUUUACUAUGAGCAAACAGAAUGUCCUGAAGAGCUUUACACAGUGGAAAAUACUGUUUCUUUCGUAUUAUUGGACCAUGUUCCGCAGAACGUGUUAUUUCCAGUGUCUUUUUGUUGUGUGGAUCUGUCACAAAUCUGGCAUAUUUGGCAAUUCAGUAAAUAAAUCUAUACAAUAUUGUUUGCAGAUUAAA